UCUUUGUGGCUAUUUACAUAUAGCGAUCUGAAGACCAUGGUUUUCCCAAGCACAGCGUUUGCUCUCCUCUAUUCUUUCGCUGAAUCACUCUCACGUUCGGACGACGAUCCAAACACGGUCAUCGAUUAUCUCGCGCGGCGCAUCCCCUCGAUCCUACUCUGGGCAUGGAUGAACUGUCUGGCUUUCAAUGUCAACAACCAGAGGCUCCCCCAUGCUAUACAAGAAGACGAACUCAACAAGUCUUGGAGGCCGUUACCUUCCCAUCGUCUUACGCUUUACCAAGCCUCACUCUUGGCUCGAGUGGUGCACCCAAUCACUGCAAUUGUUAGCUGCAUCGUUGGGGGCGGGUUAGCACCAUCGUCACUGCUUGCGGUGUUCAGUUACGCGGAUAACGAUCUUCGUUACGGCGACACGACAGUGAUGGGCCGAAAUGUGCUUAAUGCGUGCGGGUUCACAUCGUUUGCGGCCGGCGCACUACAGGUAGCUAUCCGAUCACACUCACCCUUUGACGCCGAAGAUACCAAAUGGUUGACAGUCAUCACUCUGGUAGUCUUCAGCGCCGUGCAUAUCCAGGAUUUGUAUGACCAGGUGGGCGACAAAGCUGCGGGCCGGUUGACGAUAGCUCUAGUGCUCGGAGACCAUACUGCUCGUUACACAAUCAUUGCCCCACUGGUGUUCUGGUCUGGUUUCUGUCCAACCUACUGGAAAGCUAGUAGCAUAGGAUACUAUGUGGUUGGCUCGUUGGCUAUAGUGGUUGUCGGUAGGUUGAUUACUUUGAGAACGGUGGAGGGAGACAGGAGAACGUUUCUGAUAUAUAAUGGUUGGUUGGUCGCGACAUACAUGCUGCCUCUACUUGCGUGCAUGAGAGGGGGUGUCUUGCGCGCGUUGUAA